CCACUAUACCCAGGCCUAUUAUUAGGAAAACUUUAGUGUUGUAUUUUGAAAUUCUUUUAGGAUGUGCUCUUUAUUUCUUCAUCGUUCAGAUAUCUGAAUCUUCAUCUAAAAUCAUUAUGACAAUGGUAGGAUUUGUAAUAGGACUGAGUAUUUAUGGACCAAUAUCUUUGUUUGGGGUUAUUGCUAUGGAAACUGCUCCUGAUGGUAUUGCUGGUACUGCACAUGCAAUUGCAGCUAUAUUUUCUAAUGUUGGUCUCAUGUUAGCUGGCUAUCCACUGAGUUGUAUUGCCAGUCUUGUAGAUUGGCACACAGCUUUUCUUCUUGUGGCUUCCCUAGUCAUUGCCAUGGUUACCUAUCUUCUCCUUAAACUCCAGACAGAGUUAUCAGGCUUUAAAUCUGCAUCAGGAAAAACACUCAAUAUAUACAAUGUUUUGCUUAGUUGACAAUAUAUAAAGACCUAUGCAAUAUAUACUUUUUAAAAUGAUUACAGUAUAUCAUUGUUAGGUCACCUGAUUAAACUCAGGUGACCUAUUGCUAUCUGUUUUCGUCCAUCGUCAUGCGGUGUGUGUCGCACGUCGUGUGUUAACAUUUGAACAUUUUCAGCUUCUUCUCUGCAACCACUCAACCAAUUUCCACCUUUGGCAUAAAGCAUCUAUGGGUGAAGGGGAUCAAAAAUUGUGAUUUUCAUGGUCCCUGCCACCAUGGGACCUGAGGGGUGGGGCCAAAACCACUAAAAUUAAUGCAAUCUUUAAAAAUCUUCCUCUUUACUCCUGGACAUCUAGCAGUCAAACUGUUAGCAUG